AGAUCUUCUCUCAAUCGUUUCUGAUUAUUGUUUGUUCUCUUGAACUGUGAGAGAUUUAAUGGAGAUUACUCAACUUCAAACUUUUCAUGAAGGUUCAAGCUCUAGGGUUUCCGUGAACAAGAACUCACAAGUAAUAUCCAAGAUCAAGCCCAAGAUCCGCAUAAUCCAUAUAUUCGCACCGGAGGUAAUCAAGACCGACGUCAAGAACUUCCGUUCACUCGUUCAAAGUCUAACCGGAAAACCAGCUGCUGGAGAGGCCAAAACCGGUAAAAAGAGAGCCAAACCGAGAAUUCCAACGUCCCAUGAACCGGCUUGCGGAGACCAUCAGCCGGUCAACCGGUUUUUGGGUUUCUCCGGGUUAUUAGCAAACGGAGGAAACCGCCAGGUGAAAGAAGAGUGGGGAUCAGGUGAUCAGAGCACUUUGAACACAAACACUUACUUUGACUUAGAAGGUUUGAUUCAAGAUGUCGGAGAAGAUUACUUCUCUUCGUUCCCCAUGAGAUCUUCUUCUAGCUCACAAGUUGAAGGUUUCAUCUACAACAACAUCAACAACAACAACAACUUCGAUACAAAGGGUCAUAAUUCGUCAUAGUUAUAUAUAUAACAGUUUAAUUUCUAGGGUUUUUCAGGCUUUCUGAUUCUGCAAAUCGCAUUAUUUUGGUGAGAUCUAAUCGAAAGGACGAAGAUCAUAUGUUGUGGGGAGAAAUGCAUAUAAGUUGUACAUAGAUAUCUUGAUGAAUUUUUGAAUUUGAUGGGUACGACGAGAAACUUAAACAUUUGGUGCAAAGCUGAUUUUGCCAAGCUUGAGAGUUGUGGUGAAGAGUUUAACUUACGUGCAGCCCUUCUAGGAGAAGUGACUGUAUCUAAUUAAGAGGUUGUCGGCGGUCGAAAAACCCUAGUUGUUUUAGUAUGUAACUUCAUUGAUGUGAUAUUAUUGGAUGUGUGUUAAUUCUCUGGUGUGCAUAUGUGAUCUGUACUUUUUUGGGAAAAACAUGUUUGUAUGGUAAUUAGAACAAAUUAAGAUUGACUAGUUUUCCA